CCCUGUCGAUCUGUGAUGCAUGGUGGGCGGGCUAGAGGAAAGGAAGGAAGGCAAGCCAAAAAGCUGCCGGAGCGACUGGGUGGAGCUGCUGGCCGCGCUUCCAUCCCGAGGACCCGCGACCCUCAUAUUCCUUGCCCAGACGAAGACCAAGACCAAGACGAAGACAAGGUCCUCGCGAGUCCCGCAGGCGGAGCCAGCAAGAUGCUGUGGAACCACCUCUCCAUCUUCGUCGUUGUGACCGGGAUCGCCUUGGGGCUCCGGACUUCGGAAGAGCCAGUUAGCAAAUCCAAAAUCUGUGCCAAUGUUUUUUGUGGAGCUGGCCGGGAGUGCGCUGUGACAGAAAAGAGUGAGCCAACCUGCCUGUGCAUUGAGAAGUGUAAAACCCACAAGAGGCCAGUGUGUGGCAGCAACGGCAAGACAUACCUGAACCAUUGUGAGCUGCAUCGUGAUGCUUGCCUCACUGGUUCCAAGAUCCAGGUGGACUAUGAUGGCCAUUGUAAAGAGAAGAAGCCUGAGAACUCAGCUGCAAGUCCCGUUGUCUGCUAUCAGACUGACCGUGAUGAACUCCGGCGUCGUGUCAUCCAGUGGCUUGAAGCUGAGAUUAUUCCUGAUGGGUGGUUCUCCAAAGGCAGCAACUACACAGAAAUCUUGGAGAAGUAUUUCAAGAAUUUUGAUGAUGGAGAUUCCCGCCUUGACUCCAAUGAAUUUUUGAAGUUUGUAGAACAAAAUGAAUCAGCUGUCAACAUUACUACUUAUGUGAAUCAAGAGACCAACAAGCUUCUCAGGGGACUCUGCGUAGAUGCCCUCAUUGAGCUCUCUGAUGAAAAUGCUGACUGGAAGCUUAGUUUCAAUGAAUUCCUGAAGUGCCUCAAUCCAGCCUUCAAUCCACCAGAAAAAAAAUGUGCCUUAGAAGACGAAUCAUAUGAAGAUGGAGCAGAGACCCAAGUGAACUGCAACCGCUGUGUCUGUGCUUGUGGAAACUGGGUGUGCACUGCCAUGACCUGUGAAGGUAAGAACCAGCAGGUCCCUUUUCAAGAGCAGCCUGAAGAUAAGCUGACUGAAGAAGAGCUAGCCAGAUACGUUCAGGAGCUGCAGAAGCACCAGGAGACCUCUGAGAAGAUCAAGCAAAUGACUACCAAAGAUAUGUGAGAGGAACACACCAGAAGGCACAGUGUGUUACCUGUCUCACCUGCCAAUCUUCCUUCAAUAUGCAAACAUGUUUAGAAAUUAUUGCUCAGUCACAGAUAUUUACAUUGUGUAGCAAUGGGAGGGAGAUAAAGGAAAAUGGAUUCUUUUGAAAUUUAAAAGAACCUCCCCUCCAAUAUUAUGGCUUCUAUAGCAAGGAUAAGAAGUUGUACUGAUAGAGAUUAAUGAGGACAGCAAAUUACUCCAGUUCUGGAGCUCCUAGAACUCAGGGGAAGCAUCACUGUAAACUAGGAUCAUGGUCUCUUCUGUGGAAGUUGUACUGAUGGUGGAGCCUUGCCCUAUGACUCUCUUGCUGCCUCUUAGGAAUCUCCCUGACAGCCUAAAAUAUUUUUCCAUAAAUAUUACUAUAACUGGAGGAGCUCAAUAAGGAAAAUAAAAUGGCUAAGCAUAUAUUCCAUGGCAUAUCACCUCCUUACACUCCAUUUUGAUAUCUAGCCUUUCUGUCUUCAUCUGUCCUUCACUCAUCCUUUUUUUCCAUAUGGUGUUUCAAUCAGCACUUCAGUUCCUGUAGAAUUCCCCCUAACCCUGCCAUUGAUUAAUGUGCAUAUCAAUGAGAGUCCCUACUAAAUAGAGCAAGCUCUUUAUCCCUGCCAGAAGCCAGAUAACUCCACUGUGAGUUUCAAACUGACCUCAUUUUCUUUCCCCCUCUCUUUGCAAUGGUGCUACAAUAUAUUUUCUUAUCACCUUCUUACACUCUUUUUAAUUAAUGACUUUUAACUGAGCUUUUUGUAUCUUUGAUUUAUAGAUAUUGUUUAUAGCUUCUGGAAAAUGCUGUACUUCUGUGUUCAUGCUUUAUAUUAUAGCUGCAUGUAUCAAGGAAGUAAAAUCAGUGCAGCACCAAGGGGACCAAGAUCGUAUAUGGCUGUUCUAAAUUUGCCGUUUCACCUUUCACUAUAAACAAUGUGGUUCAUGCGUGGAUAGAGCAGAAUAGAGUUUUCAAGAGAGAUGCCCUACAGCUUCCCACAGAAUCAAUCUUGGGGGAUGGGAGAAGGAUGCAGUUCUUGACUUUAUUCAAGAAUUCAUUCAACCCCAUUAAUUAAAUAGAAGGAAACAGUAAUGUUUGUCAAGCAUGAAGUAAGUACUCCCCAUGCUGUUGGGAAGAUAGAUUAACAAGAAAUGUUUCUAUGUAUCUAGUGCUUCAUACUGAGGCACUACUGCUGUCAUUCCCAAAGGGAAAGAUGUACAGCUGAGAUUUGCAGACUUAGAGCUGGUCUGAUGGUUUUUGACAACUAGUCCCUAAGUAGAAAAGGAGAAUGCACAAUGUCAUAAAUGCAUUGCAUGUUUUGGUGCAAAAUCAAUGUGUUUAGGAAUUUUGGCAAUAAAAUCAGGGGAUCCAAUCUCCUCAGUUGUUAUAAUAAACAUCAAAA